UCCGACAAGAAGUCACAAGGGGCCGUCAUCUACACCGACCGACAGGUGGAGGCAUCUGCAUUUACACCUGGUUGAUUCAUGAUGUAGCCAAAAGAGACAAAAACAUCGCACCUUUUCUGCUGCUGGAAGAUGGCUUCUGCAGCCGACGAGGUCCACCUGGGCUCAGGCCCUGAUGAGGACGACGAGGGCCCGUCGGGGAGCGAGUCCGACUCGGACAGCAUCCUCUCUGACGACUCGGUGCUUCCGGACUACACUCCUGAGGAAGCAGACGGCUCUGCGGCGUCAACGCUGUAUGGAGCAUGCGCCCGCAACAACCUCGCUUCUCUGCAGAGAGUUCUGGAGAGAGGGGUGACAAAGGAGGAGGCCACGGAGCUGGACAUCAACGGCAUGAACGGCUUGAUGGUGGCUUGCUGCAAAGGUUUCGUGGACAUUGUAUAUGGGCUUUACGCGUGUCCCUUUAUAGACAUAAAUCAACAGGACAAUGAAGGCAACACUGCUCUGAUGAUUGCAUCACAAGCAGGUCAUGUCAACACAGUCAUGUACCUGCUAAACUACUACCCCGGCAUAGACACUGAAAUAAAGGAUUGUCGCGGUUUCACCGCACUCAUCAAAGCUGCUAUGACCGGCCGCAAUGACGUCAUGGCUGCCCUUCUCAUGGCCGGGGCUCACAUACACGAGGUAGACUCCACCAAAGGAAAAUGCGCCAAGCAAUGGGCAGCGAAGACCGGUCGCUAUGAUACCCUGUGUCGUCUCCGCCGCCUCAACAUGCGGCCAGUAGUGGAGCAGUGCUGUGAAAGUUAUGUCCCUGACUGGCCCGAGCUCCAGGAGAAGGUAGCAAAGGCCACAGCUCAGAAAAGUAACAGGGAAAGAAUCACCCAGCGGAUCAAAAACACAUUCGUAUUUAGAUUUCCUCGUGAUCCUGAGGACAACGGGGCCCUGGACCACAUGGUGCGCAUCACCACCAGCGUCCACAGUCCCCUAAUUUCAACGGGGUGCCGUCCGCUCUGCCCCACCAGCCCCCCCGAGAUGGGGAAGAGACGCCUGGCUGUGCCAGAGCUGAUGAAAAAGCACCCAUCUAAGGACCUCGAAGGGAGCUCAGUGUGCCACAGCAACGGCUCGGUGUCACACGUCAAUCCCACAAUCCAAAAUGCCGAUCCAAUCUCUGUAGCGUGCUGUGGCAAUACAGAGCGGCGAGAGAGCAUCCUGUCUUUGGCUUCCACCAAAGUUAACACCACAUUCAUUUCCCGUUCUAUGGCGAGAAGGAACAGCGUGUUCCCCUCUGGCUGCAUCCCCAAGAUUGAUGUCAGCAGGCCUUCAGAAGCAACGCCAAAGAAAGAAAAGAAAAAGAAGAAGGGCAAAAGCAAGGGCUUCUUGGAACCACCCAUAUGGAGGUACAAGGAGAUCAAGGAGGAGAAAAAGAAGGAGAAGAAGAAAGCCGAGAAAGAAAAUGCAAAAAAAGAGAAAAAGAAAGAAAAGGACAGCAAGAAGGCCCAAACAUAAGAGCUUAAAAAGUGCUCUUCUGCUGUAUGAAGCACUCCUUUCGAAAAAUAUGUAAUAAUAUGUAAAUAUCUAUUUGCAGCAAAUGCAGAACCUUGACUUAAAAAUUACCUAUAUAAAAUCUAAAAACAUCAAGAUCACCUUUUUAACAAUUAGGACACAAUGUAUGAAACCCAUAUUUUCUAUUAAAUUUCACAGGUGCUAUUAUGGUAUCUACCUCAUUAACAUAAACAUAAAACACAGCCAGGAAGGAACCUAAUGCAUGUGUACCUGCAUCCGCUUCCCAUGCAAAUUGGAAAUAUAUACUAUAAAAACAUAGCUAUAUCACAGCUCAUUUGUAGUAUUGUGAAAUGUUGUUUCAUGUGUUGUGUAUUUUUGUAAAACGCUAACCAGAAUAAAUCGUAAAUAUUGUACAAUAUGAAGCAAACAUGCAUAUAAAUGCCAACAAUGUAUUCAUUUAACAUAUAUAUGUUUAUGAUCAUGAUCUUAUUAAGUGUGAAAAAUAAAAACGACAGGGAACGACG